GAGCCACUCAUUGUAGCCUCCCCACAUUUGGACACUUGCUUUUGGUUCUGUCGGGCAGCCUAGAGCCCAGUGGUUGACAAAACGGACACAUCGGGGAGCUGAAAGAGAAGCAGCCAGAGGCUGUGGGCAGAGGAAGGAGCCUCUGGGCCCCGGGAUGGAGCCCAACACAACCUGUCUGGACUCUGUUGCGUUCAAGAUCACCGUGAGUGUGGCCCUCACCACCCUCAUCUUCAUCACUAUCGCUGGCAACGUGGUCGUCUGCCUGGCCGUGGGCCUGAACCGCCAGCUCCGCAAUCUGACCAACUGCUUCAUCGUGUCCUUGGCCGUCACUGACCUGCUCCUCGGCCUCCUGGUGCUGCCCUUCUCAGCCUUCUACCAGCUGUCCUGCAGGUGGGGCUUCAGUGGCGUCUUCUGCAACAUCUACACCAGCCUGGACGUGAUGCUCUGCACGGCCUCCAUCCUCAAUCUCUUCAUGAUCAGCCUUGACCGGUACUGCGCCGUCACAGACCCCCUGCGCUACCCUGUGCUAGUCACCCCGGUCCGGGUCGGCGUCUCCCUGGCCUUGAUUUGGGUCGUCUCCAUCACCCUGUCCUUCCUGUCUAUCCACCUGGGGUGGAACAGCAGGAGUGAGACCAGCAGGGUCAAUCACACCAACCUGUCCUGCAAAGUCCAGGUCAACUUGGUGUACGGCUUGGUGGAUGGGCUGGUCACCUUCUACGUGCCUCUGCUGAUCAUGUGCGUCACCUACUACCGCAUCUUCAAGAUCGCCCGGGAGCAGGCCAAGAGGAUCCAUCACGCCAGCUCCUGGAAGGCGGCCACCAUUAGGGAGCACAAGGCCACGGUGACACUGGCCGCCGUGAUGGGGGCCUUCAUCGUCUGCUGGUUCCCCUACUUCACCGUGUUUGUCUACCGGGGGCUGAGAGGGGAUGAGGCCAUCAACAAGACCUUGGAGGCUGUCGUUCUGUGGCUGGGCUACGCGAACUCGGCCUUGAACCCCAUCCUGUACGCUGCGCUGAACAGAGACUUCCGCACGGCGUACCAGCAGCUCCUGCGCUGCACGUACGCCGGCCACAGCACCCACGACACUUCCCUGAGGUCCCAGGGCUCUCGGCUCUCCAGGACUCAAAGCCGAGUACCCGGGCAGCAGGAGGAGAAGCCCCUGAAGCUGCAGGUGUGGAGUGGGAGAGAGAUCAUGGCACCCCGAGGAGCCACAGACAGGUAA